AUGAACUUUGAAUUUACACACAAAGUCACAUUGGCGCAUGUAAAUAUUGCACGGGCAAUUGCUUUACAUCCAUGCAAAGGGUACAUGUACUGGACGGCACUGAACAGGCAAGGAAAGAUCGAACGUGCGACAAUGGCUGGCAACCAACGGACAGCAAUUGUUACCAGCGGUCUGGGAUGGCCAACUGGUCUUGCAAUUGACUAUCAAGAUGAAAAACUUUUCUGGGCUGACAGCAAGCUCAAUAGAAUUGAAAGAAGCAAUCUUGAUGGGAAUUAUCGAGAGGUUAUUGUUGAUGUAUCCGUGCGACCUUUCUCUCUUACUGUAUUUGGUAACUACAUUUACUGGUCUGAUUGGAGCAUACGCAGCAUAUUCCGUGCAGAAAAGCAUACUGGAAACAACCAGCGGCAUUUGAUUAAGGAUCUCCACUCAAGACCACUGGAAGUAAAAGUUUUUUCCAAAGCACAGCAAACAUGCAGUGACGAUCCUUGCCAACUUUUUAAUGGUGGGUGUAGCCAUGGGUGUCACCCUGCCCCUGAUGGCAAGGCCGAAUGUUCAUGUGAUGAUAACAGUGGCUUGGUUCUUGCAAAUGAUGAUAAGAUGUGUGUUCCCAAGAACAAUAAUUGCACCAGCGCAAACUUUAUCUGCAUGAAUGGCAAAUGCAUCUAUAAAAGAUGGAUUUGUGAUAUUGACGACGAUUGUGGAGAUGGUUCAGAUGAACACCCAAACCUUUGCGCACAGCACACAUGUGACCCUUCCAUGUUCCGAUGUGACAAUGGCCGAUGUAUAAGACCUUAUUUUCGCUGUGAUUAUGACAAUGACUGCCGGGACAACUCAGAUGAAAGAGACUGCACCAACAACAUCACAUGUAUGACAGGACAAGUGAAAUGUCCUAAUAACAAUAUUUGUCUCUCUUCACGUUUCUUGUGCGAUGGAGAUAACGAUUGUGGUGACCACUCAGAUGAAAAUGUCAUGUUUUGUCAAAGUGUAACUUGCUUCCCUGAUGACUUCUAUUGUUCAAAUAAACAUCAUUGCAUCCCUGGUGCCUGGCAUUGUGAUGGAGAUGAUGACUGUGGGGACAUGGAAGAUGAACCACCCUCUUGUAGUAAGCCUUUAUUUUGA